GCUAGUACUUGUCUGCUCUGGUUGGUUCGGUUUAGAUAAGAUGAGUGGGAUUGGUUAAGACUGUCAGGGUAAGCCAAACAGAGACAAUCAGAGACAGAGUAGGUCGUGACAUAUUUCCUCCAUCCUUGGAAAAAAAAGUACUCGCCUACGAUAAAGAUGGCGGCGUCCUCCUCAGCAGGACGCGUUUUGACUCUUUGCAAGCAGUUUCAAAAUGUCUUUAGGAUAUCGUCAUCGAUAAAUACUCAGCACUGUUCUACUACUUUGAUCAAAUACCAGCCUCGUCUUUACAGGGAAAAGUCUCCACUCGCUGCCCUGUCUUGGUACAGUCCCGUCAGUUCUGUGGGACAGUGUCGAGCCCUGCACACAACCAUCAACAGGAGAGGGCUGGAAGAAUUCUUUGACCUCCCUGAAAACUGGGGAGAGACCAAUGUGAAGUCAGGUGCACCAUGGACUGCCAAACAGCUGAGAACAAAGAGCAAUGAAGAUUUACACAAACUCUGGUAUGUGCUGUUGAAAGAAAAAAACUUGCUGCUCACACUUGAGCAGGAAGCAAGAAGGCAAAGGGUUCAGAUGCCGAGUCCAGAAAGAUCAAGGAAGGUUGAGCGGUCGAUGAUCAGACUGGAGACGGUGGUGAAGGAGAGAGAGACUGCUCUGCGACUGCUGCAGACAGGACAGGAGAAAGCCAGACCAGGAGCCUGGAGGAGGAACAUAUUUGGAUACGUCUACUGGUAUCGAUUCAAAGAAUAUGCUAUUCCUUGGCACAUGAACAGAAGGUACAAGAGAAAGAGAUUUUUCACACCCAAGUUUGUCCAACCCCACAUAAGACUGCGUAUAGAAAAGCAUCUUCGAGAGAAGGCCAGGAAAGCCACAUUAGAGAAGAAAACGCAGUCCAAAGUUAAGGAGAAGUUUCCUCAUGUGAAAGUUUCCGCAUCGUGAAAUUUCAAGCGCACAUUUUGCAAUAUAAGAGUUUGACAGCUGUGAGCCUGACACGUGUCCAGAAACAAGGCCUUCUCUGCAUUUAUCUGCUGAGUUAAUGUCUGAAUCGGCUCAUGUCAAUAACUGAAGGUCUGAAACUGUUGUUCUAUGUCAAGUAUGAGUGCAUUUGUCCAACUGUUAUUGGAACCUAUAAGAUAAAUUAUGCUACAUCACCCUGAAA